GCAAAAAAAAUCGACUCACACCCGAAGUGAAUUCUUAUUUAUUACGAUUCUGAAUCAAGUAAUAUUAAUAGUCUUUGAGCCAUACUCCUCAUGUCAGCAGCCAAGAAGAGAUUUUCUGUAUUAUCAUUUGUAAUAGGUUGCAAGAAUCGCUUUGGAUUGAGAACUGAGUUGAAUUGGACUGGAAAAGAAUUGUGAUUUGUGGGUGGUUGAAGGAGUUGAAAAUUUCAUGUGCACGACACGCUGAUGAUGAUGAUGAUGAAGAUAGGAGGAGGAAGAGGAAUGGUACGGAGCGCUUGAUUGCUGGAAGCACAGAUGCAGUCAGGACCCUGAAUGACCCAAGUAGGACGCUUUUGUCCAACAAUGUCUUCUGACCCCUCCAUGUCAGCUGCUACGCCAGUAAGAGAAGUCAAAAGUAAUGGGACAGCGAGGACGGAGGACGAAGACCGCAAACGUCUUUACUGCUCGCUCUGCAAAGUGGCCGCCAACUCUGCCUCGCAGCUGCAAGCUCACAAUAGCGGCACCAAGUACAAGACCAUGCUGGAGGCGAGGAACGGCGCCGGCGCCAUCAAGUCCUUCCCGAGGCCGGGCGUCAAGGUCAAUGCAGCGCCGCCGGCCAGCGAGUCGUGGGGCGGCCUGCAGAACAGAACCUUCCAGUGUGAGAUCUGUGACGUGCACGUCAUCUCGGCCACGCAACUCAAGCAGCACAUCAGCAGCAGGGGACAUAAAGGCAGAGCAGCAGGCAAAGCAGCCAAGCCCAAAUUCAAGCCCUACACUGCCGGCCAGCGUCACACUCGCAUCCUGACGCUUCGUUGGACCAGGGAGAAGAAUCACAGACGCAUCAAACACACAAACUCCACGUUGUCGCUGCCGUCCUUCCAUCUCCAUCCUGCCACAGACUCAAGCCCCGCCCUGUUUCAGGCUCCGCCCCUCCUAUAGGCUCUCAUGCGCCCGAGCCCCGCCCCCGUCUGUGCAAUGCCACUUCUGUUUCCUCACUACUGACUUCAAAUUUGCAUCAAAUAGGUAAAAAAAUGACUAUUUCCCUCCUUUUAAUGGCCUUAAAGUCCCUUUAAACAAGAUUUGAAAUAUACGCACCACUGUUACUUGUUUGAAUAGUCAAGUUGAUGUGGGCGUGCAGGUUUAAAAUGUCAUCAAGACCAAAAAGGUGUCAGCACCAAAAUAGCAGACAGUCUUUGCCUGAUGGCUCUAAGGCAGAGUGUCCAACUGCUUGACCUCAAACGUGGAUGGUGAGUGCAAAGAAGAGUGAGGAGACUAUUUCAGAAAACACUGGCAUGGUACUUCAGAUAAAACUGUUGCCAAGUUUUGUGCAAAUAAAUGGCAUGGA